AUGAUCGCGUCAGCUGAAUUCUAAGUUGUCCUACCACUUCCUCUUUUCCCUCGUUUUCUUCGACAACGAACCGACCGCGCGUGUAUCGAGACAGGCCGCUCGAGACAAUUGCCAGUUCCUUCCAAGCAGCGCGGAAUGUUGAUCGUUAAAGAUCGAUAAAGGGAAGAGAUGAACCUCCCUCUCCGUCCGGACGCGAAAUCGAUCAGUGGAGGAAGUCGCAAGCGGAUAAAGAAUACAAGUGGGUGAUACUUGCAAGCAUUAGUGUCUUCGGAUCAAUGAAUCGAUAAGUUCAUUUAAAUCGCUUCGCGCGAGUGUGUCAUUCUGUAACGCGAGUGGUCGAAUCGUUAUGAAAGAAGCGAGGAAUCGACGCUGAUCAGCUGGUGAUGAUCUAACCGCUCGAUCAGGGAUCGUCGCAAUGAGUGCCAAGCGAAGAGUGUUCAGCGCCUUGGAUGGGCUUAUUAAAUGUGAUCGUGCGAUCGUAUGCUCGGUGUUCCUAUGGUAUCUCACGUUCCUAAUGUGCAUCGUCGAGGCCAGCAAUCCGGGGAUAUGCGUCAUGAAUGGCUGUAACUGCACCGUCAAGGCGCAUCGCUGGGUUACCAUCAAAUGCGUCUUCUCCAAGGAACAGAAUGUGGAGCUGCUGGAAGGAACCAUUCCGCCGGAGGCAACGGAACUCGAGGUCUCCCACUGUCGAGAACUGAGAAUACAAGCGGGUGCGUUUGGCGGGGGCGCACCCCUGAAACGUGUACACGUUUCGGGGAUCAACAGCCUAGUCGCCAAAAGGCAGGCCUUACAAAAUCUCAGCGCACCCAAUACGCAUUUCGAAGUGUCGGAGUGCAAUAGCGUGUUCCUGGAGAGUCACGCUUUCCGGAAUACGCGCGGCACGCUGAGCGUCUCGAUAUCACGAUGCAAACACGUAGAGAUAAAACCAAAUGCUUUCUCGUGGCUGCUGUGGCUCAAGGUGAAGGAGGUGUCGUCCUUGGAGCUCUCCAGCAAUGCCUUUAAAUUCGAGGCGCCUCAAUCCGGUCGACAUGGACCAGCGACCAAGAUUAUGUUCCAAAAUGUGAUGAUAAAGGAGUUACCCACGUCGGUUUUUCCUUCGGCUGUCGCGGAAAUUCGCAUGGACGACAUUUCGAUGAGGACCAUACGCAAGGACGCCUUUUGUGCCAUGACCAUCUUCAAAGUGAUUAUUAGCAACACGUCUAUCCAGGAGAUUCAGUCCGGUGCUUUUAGCGACAGAGCGCUUAUCCAAAGCCUCGAAUUUGUCGAUGUACAACUUCAGAAUAUCAACACGGCAGCCUUCAGAGCCGGACAUGAUAAUCUCACGAUCCAACAUUCCAGAUUGUCCGAGGUAGACACUGGUGCCAUUAAUACAUCGGCAGCAACUGUCACCCUCAACAACAAUGAAUUCAUACAUUUAAAACAGGGCUCGAUCGUGCUACAUCAAUGGAAUCACAUAGCGAUUGAUCGUAAUGUCUUUGUCAAUCUAGAGAGCGACGCGAUUAAAGCGGAGGUCAGUGCUACUUCGGCACCCAAUCUCGAAUUCUCCUUCACGAACAAUGAAAUACAGAAGGCAUGGUCGGGAUCUCUCAGAUUUGCAAUGUUGUCGCAGAAAGUGAACUCUGCGCGCGUUGGCAACAAUUACUUCACUCAAGAAGAGUGCAGGUGCAAUCUUGAAAGUUGGAUGAGCGAAAUAACAGGCGGUAACAAUUUAUGGAUGAUGAACUCCAGCUACUGUAAACUCGAUGACUUCCUGCAAAAAUGCUUCAAUCCACCCAAGGGCUUCAUGGUUAUGCAAAACUUCACGCAGCUUAUAUGUACGGAACGGAAAAAGCACGUCGACUGCGAGAAGUCGUCGCCUAAGCCAGAGCCAAGCGUUAGUCCACCCAGCGUGGGUCCUCACAUCUAUCCAAGGCAAAAGGGAUUCUUCGACAUGGAGAUGAGCGAGUUGGAACAGCUGGAACGCGAGAAGAGGGUCAUCGUCAUUGUUUGCAUCGUAGCGGUCUUUGUCGUCGUUGUGGUGAUCUUAGCCUCAGGAAUUCUCUAUAUGCGUCGUCGCGGCGUAUGUCCCAAACUAAUAUCUGGCUCGCUGAUAAAUCUGUCAAAUUGGCUCUCGUCUAACAACGGCAUGACCGCCGCGACGUCCGCUAGAUCAAUAUCGAGACUAAGCGUUCACGAAUAUGCCGGUCUCCAAGCGGAGACCAGAAUUCUUGAAAUCGACACUCCGGCAGAAGGUACGGAGGACGACGAUGGGGAAGGUGACGUUUACCCGUACACGGAGAACAAGGCUACGCAAACGUUGCCGGAGGAGUUGACAGAGGAGUACCUGAGGGAUCUUCAGGAACGACUGAACGAUCCUGACAAUCACAGCCAGGCGAGGGACAUGAUCGAGCACUUAUACGAUCUCAUCAAAGUCGAAGAGAGUUGCAACAAUAACAACGAUCGGCAACCGGCGGGCGAUCGAGAAGAGAACGCGUACGACGUGAUCCAACCGAAGAUCAGAAGACCUCGCGGAGCACCGAGACCAUCCGUAAAUAUUGGCACCAAAGCACCAUCUUUGGAUAAGUUGCAUCCGACUGAGAUACGUACCAGACCGCCCAUCACCGAAUACGCGCAACCGCGUGAUCAGCGUACCACCGAUCAAAAUCAUCUAUACGCCGAAUUGCCGGGCGACGAAACAGUGCCCAGUACAAGUCGACUAUCGCAACCGAUCCUGGAGAGCUUGAUCGGUAGAGCGCCACAGCCGUUACCACCGGACGUGGUGAACGAUCAUCUUGUCGGCAACAAUCGUCUUCCACGGAACCUCGGUUACGAUGCUGAUGAUCGCAGACCACCGCAAAGCCCAAAGCUGGAUUCGAGCUGCAGGAAUCAAUCCACUAGGCCGAUGAGCUUCCUCAAGGCUCUCGGUGACAGUAUUUUAGGUGCUUCGAACAAAACGAACAAUAAGAGGCCGAAUUCGUUGCUGUGCGAAUACGCCGAACCGUCUGACGUAACUGCCCAUCUUUAUUCAGAGCUGCCAGAAACUCAGCAAACUUCCGCAUCUACUAGCAAAAUGGCGAACAGGCCACUGCCCACCAAGCCCGAUCAGGAUUCCGUCGCCACAAACGCGGCCAAGGCGUAAUGGCGCCCAUUAUCUGUGAUAUAAGUAUUAUGUGUUGUCGAGAACGAAGAUUAAAGUGUCCUUUCUUUUUGCCGACUGUAUGAGGAAAGUGUUCGCGCACAUGCGUGUGUUUGCCAGAACGAUUGCGUAAGAGAGUUUCCGCCAGGCGAAGACGCGGGUCGCCUGGAGUCUCUCGGCUGAGAGAUUGUGUGCCUGUAUCACAAUACAGAGAAAAUACGCGUUAGAAAUUAGUGCAAUUCAUGCAUACAAGGCUCGGACUUGUUAGCCUCGAGAACGAGAAGUGUUUUUAGUUUUAAACCGUGAGUGUGUAUGAAUAAACCCUUGUUAGAACAAUCGCGCACAGCGUUGCGUACCAUUUAAAUGGUGUUCUCGUGAAAGAAGUCGAAUCUGUUCGUCGACUAAAGUAACGUUUAUACGAAAGUAUCGCGGUGAAGUUGUGCCAAAAUUAGUGCGUCGCAUACGACUGUAUGUAUUCGCGUUCGUAACACGACAAUGGUUUUCGAUAAGCCUGCACGAUCAGCAAAUUGUCGAAAAGUACCGGGCGAGAAAAAUU